GUUCGCACGCACUUAUUAUUUGGGCGGAGCUGUUGUUAAUAUAUAAAAUUGUAUUCGUUAUAUCAUAUACAUCUGGGCCAAGAGUUUUCCCAUAGGUCCUAGAAGUUGGUGAGUAGCCUACGAAAUUAUAUUUUAGACAGACCUAUUGAAAUACAAUGUCUGCUUAUAAUGCUUAUGUUAUUUUUCCGUCUAUGAUCCUCGACAUUAUGCAUGGUCUAUUGUCCAUGUGAGUUAUGGCUUUUUCUGGAGGUGCGUUAUGGCUGCGUUAGGCCGGCCUGAAUUUUGUUAUCAAUUGUUUUGUGAUAGCCUCUAUCUAACGUAUAUUUAUUCAUUCGAUCCGUUGUCUACAUGUCGUGCAGAAUUAUUGACAAUACAAUUUCAGGGACUUGCGGGUAUUUAUUCAAUAAUCGGGUGUAAAAACAGCUGACGCUUGUUGUAGGCCCAUCAGUAAUUAUAAGUAAAAGGGUGGAGAAUGAAGUCUAUGCUUUUUAUGAAACCCACCUUCUGCACGUACUUCAAUCAGUCUUGUAUACAACAUUAUUUGAGUGUCCUAUUUGAAUAUAUGUGACAACUGUCACUCUGCCAAAAGUGCCCUUGUCAACCAUGUACAACAGGUGUUCCCCCCAGCAUUAUGUUGGAUUUUGUUCAAAACGUGUCAGCUAACAUAACAUGACCUAUGACCUAUGCCCAGAGACCUGCUUUUACUAUCCCUGGGGGUUUGCUUUACCCCUCCUGACCCCGUUUCUGGACUGUUUUCUGUGGAUUGUUACAGUACAGAUGUAUGGCCUACCUCUGAUGUAUAGUAUAAGAAUAUAAUAUAAUAUAUGCCAUUUAGCAGACACUUUUAACCAAAGUGACUUAGUCAUGCAGGCAUAUAUUUUUAUAUUAAUGGAGGGGAUGAGCAACAUUAUUAAUGGGUAGUUUAAUAAUGGGGGUGAAAAAGUUUGUUUGGUUCUAUGGUGUCCUUGAGCCCAUGUAGUAGUCAAAUACCGUAGGCAGUUAUGGUCUUAUUAGUGUAGUUACACAUUUUUCCAAUGUGUUUGAUAUAAUUGAACACUUGCAUUAGAUUUUCUAACAUGCACAACUGUAUUGUGCUAAAACCUCUCAUUGUAGAAUUAUCAUACUCAAGUCUAUUCACAAACCUUUAGAAUUGUACAUGUGUUGAACAGACAAACUGUAGGCCUUACCAUAAUGGGACCAAAGGUUUUGCGACAUUUUGAUCUGUAUUUGAUCUGUAGGCCGUCAUUGUAAAUAACAAUUUGUUCUUAACUGACUUGCCUAGUUAAAUAAAAGUAAAAUAAAUACAACAACAAAAAAAUUAUAUAUAUAUAGCAUGCUGUGUGCAUCAGAUAGUAGCCAUCUGGCUUGUCAUUAUCACCCUUGGUUACACACCCCAAGCAGCCUUGUGUAAUCGACUUUCGAUCCUUAAGGUUUACUAAUAUUAUUCCAGCCCUUUAACCAUGUAUAAUGUACAGCACCAUCACACAGUGUGUUAUCUCAGGUCCUCAAGGACACCAGAUAUCCUUUGAUUUCCCACAUUACCUUAUUGGCUAUGAGGUACAGUAGGUCUGUUAUGUCUUGGUCACUACCAUGACUCUCUACUCUCUCUCUGUUUCUCUAGAGAUGUCUUCUGCAGUGGCCAUGGAGGCCACCCGGAGGCGCCACAAGCUCAGCUCUAAUGGGGGGGCGUCUGAGACGACAGAGGAACCUGCAGGGCAGUGGGGAAGAGCAUGGUAAGAUGAAGCUGACAUACUGUAGGCCUAUGGUCAUUACUCCUCUACACAUGUAACUGGGUUCACAUGUAACUGGGUUCACUGUCUGUUGGUUUAGGACUGAUUAUGAUACGAUAUACUUAAAGCUGCAAUCCUUAAUGGUGAAACUGCCACAUCAGUUUGCGAUAUUACAACAACAAUGUGGUUACUGAUAGAGCAGCAGCAUAUGUACUGCAAUUAGUUUUACACUCUCCACCUCUACUUCGUCAACAAAAACAGAAACGGCCGUGGGGCAGACAGUGGCGCUGUUUCCCCAACUGCGAAUUCCACCUUUAAUGUCCAUUUUAUAUGGAAAUUCAUUUUGUGAAGUCUGCAUACAAAUAUAUAAUACAAAAACCACUGGAUAGUUCAUAGUUAAUGCACACAUAUUCACAGUCCCUGUGGCCUACUGUCUGACCAUUGGGCCUACAUCUGUCCUAUGUCCCACUGUUCAGCAGCCUGAUGGCUGACGGAAUGAAACAUGCCCUGCUUCUAUUUUUGCUGAACAGUGGGACCUUAUAUCUCUUUGGGGAGGGUAGCAGCUCAAAAUAUUGGGCAAGAUUGUGUGUGGGGACCUGCUUAAUCUUCAGUCAACAAAGGUAGUAUGGAAAGGAAGUAAAGUAUUUGACUGAGGAAAAUAAACAACCCAGUUUGAAUCAGUUCACAAGGUUCCACCACCCACACAUUAUCUUUCCAUUAUAAGUCUAUUCCAGUUGUCAUUGGGUUAUGGGUCGCUGCCACUAAAAUAAGUUUCAAAGGUACAUACAUGUUUUUGCCAUUGUAGCCCUUAUACAAAGCUCAGGUUAGCGAAUGGAUUCACUACAGAAUUAUUUAAAAAAGGAAAAACUAGGGGUUGAUUUGUGUUGUACAUGGACAGCACAGGAGGCUGGUGGCACCUUCAUUGGGGAGGAUGGGCUCGUUGGUAAUGGCUGGAGCAGAAUAAAUGGAACGGUAUCAAAUACACCGAACACAUGGUUUCCAUGUGUUUGAUGCCAUUCUAUUCGCUCCGUUCCAGACAUUAUUAUGAGCCGUCCUCCCCUCAGCAGCCUCCACUGAUGGACAGUCACCACAUGGACAGACAGUCAUUACAUAGACAGACAGUCACUGAAAUGUUGGCCUGUAUCAUUCUUGUCAUAUAAUCAGUGUAAUUCAAAUUAGCCUGUAAGAUAAACCGGUCAUGCUUAUCUUUAAAGUGAACUCUAACAAAGUUGGCAGAACACCACAAGGCAAAGUCCUCGGCCCAUAGAGUUUAUGUUAGAUUAGAUCUACAGCCUAAUAAUAACAACUCUAAUAAAUUAGAGUAGAGUAUCAAGCGUUUUUUUAAAAAGGAAAAAUGAAAGGAAUUAUUAAUGAUUAUAAAUGCUCCCAAUGAUUAUGCAUUUGCACAAUUACAACUCUGUAUGUUAUUUCCCCCAUCCCCUCCACACCUACCACUCUGUUAGGGAGGUGGACUGGUUCUCUCUGAGCGCUGUGAUCCUGCUGCUGUGCACAGCCCCCUUCCUUGGUGUUCUUCUUUGUCAUGGUGUGUGACCAGUACCAAUGCUCGGUCAGCCAGCCCCUGGUGGAGCUCUACAGUGGAGAGGCCACCCUGCGCUCCAUCUGGGACAAGGCCCCCUCCUUCACCUGGACCGCUGCUCAGAUCUACACCAUCUGGGUCUCCUUCCAGGUAAAGCCAUAGGUAGUGCCUUGUGUGUGUAAAUUACAUUUUAUUAUGGUUUAAUGCAUCAGAAUAUUUCAACGAUGGGAGUUCUGUGGAAUGACGCUGUUUCUCCAUCAGGUGGUGCUCUACAUGUGUGUUCCUGAUAUCACUCAUAAGUUCCUGCCUGGCUAUGCAGGUGGGGUUCAGGACGGAGCUCGCACCCCAGCAGGUAAGGCAACUGAGAAUAAAAAAUCGUUGUUUUAGGAGAUUGUUUGCAUAAAGGAUUGGUUUCUAUUAAUAUUUACAGAUAUUUUAUCUGCACACUACUGUUAAGUGUAGUCGUCUGCAAACACUUGGCUCUGUUCCACCCAAGGUGAACGACUGCCCCCUCUCAUUGAAGCCACAGUAGCUUAAACUGCACAUGUUGUCUCCAUGAGACGCCAUCUUAAACGACUUCAUUUGGCUUCAAUGCGCUAUUGAGUCUUCACAUAGGAAUGAAUGGUGUCACGUGAUCGAUGGCUUUGUCCAUUCAUAUAUGCAGUCAUUGGUUAACACCCCCCAUUGUUUGUUCUCUCCUAGGCCUCAUAAACAAGUAUGAGAUCAAUGGUUUACAGUCGUGGCUGAUCACCCAUGCCCUGUGGUAUGCCAACGCUCAAUACUUCCACUGGUUUUCCCCCACAAUAAUCUUCGACAACUGGAUCCCACUGCUGUGGUGCACCAACAUACUGGGCUAUGCUGUGUCCACCUUUGCCUUUGUCAAGGCCUACCUCUUCCCCACCAAUGCAGAGGACUGGUGAGGACUACAUGCAUUCAAUAAUAUGUUAGGAUAUACAACUUGUCCCUUACAUCCAAUAAUAUGUUAUAUUUCAUUCAAACUUGUCACUUUGGGCCUAUUUAAUCUGAAUUGCCUUUGCCAUUUUCCAGCAAAUUCACAGGCAACGUCUUCUAUAACUACAUGAUGGGCAUUGAGUUCAAUCCCCGCAUCGGGAAAUGGUUCGACUUCAAGCUCUUCUUCAACGGGAGACCUGGUAUUGUUGCCUGGACUCUCAUCAACCUCUCCUAUGCAGCCAAACAGCAGGAGCUCUAUGGCUAUGUGACCAACUCUAUGAUCCUGGUUAAUGUGCUGCAGGUGAGACACUCCUCUCCCUCUACCACUAGAUGGCAGGGUUUGUUAGCGAGUGAGCUAGCUAAACUAGACCUUACAGAGUGGUAGCUUUGACUGAACCAGUUUAGGCAAGCUUUGCCUCCAAUGAAUGGCUACUAAUGUAAUUAACUCCUCCUCCAGGCAAUCUAUGUUCUUGACUUCUUCUGGAAUGAGGCAUGGUACCUGAAGACGAUUGACAUCUGCCAUGACCAUUUUGGCUGGUACCUGGGCUGGGGAGACUGUGUGUGGCUGCCCUUCCUCUACACCCUGCAGGUAAGUCGCAUCAUCAUAAAAAAAAUGUAGUCAGACACCCAACACAGAAGCCACUGCGAAAACAUUAACAAGUAAUGGAAAUUAUACUUGAGUAAUGUGCUUCUAUUAUACUGGCUGAGUUAAAUAUAGUUGUUAUGGAGUCUUUCUUGUUUCCUAUUCAACAGUCAUGACAUCAUACUGUAUGUUUGGCAUGAUGUCUCUUUCUACAGGGCUUGUACCUGGUGUAUAACCCAGUCCAGCUCUCCACAGCCCAUGCUGCUGCUGUCCUCCUCUUGGGUCUGGUGGGUUACUACAUCUUCCGCUCCACCAACCACCAGAAGGACCUGUUCCGCCGGACUGAGGGGAAGUGCUCCAUCUGGGGCAAGAAGCCCACCUUCAUUGAGUGUGCCUACCGCUCAGGUGACGGCAGCCUGCACCACAGCAAGCUCAUGACCUCCGGCUUCUGGGGAGUGACACGCCACCUCAACUACACGGGCGACCUGAUGGGCUCGCUGGCCUACUGUGCAGCCUGCGGCUUCGGCCACAUUCAUCCCUACUUCUACAUCGUCUACAUGACCAUCCUGCUGGUGCACCGCUGUGUGAGAGACGAGCAUCGCUGCAGCAGCAAGUACGGCAAAGACUGGAAGCGCUACACUGAUGCAGUUCCCUAUCGCCUGCUGCCUGGGAUCUUCUAGAGUCAACACAGAGGUUGAAGGAAUCCCUGCAUCCUGAAAGAGGUUUAACAGAAGAAGGAGAUGUGUGUUAAAUGGACUGUUCACAUUCCAUGGAAAUGUGUUGAUGAUAUUUUGAGCUAAAUCUGUGCGUGUGUGUGUGUGUGCGUGUGUAUGUGUGUGCCGUGGUGUCUUUGGAUGUCAAUGUGUUUUUCCAUGUUGAUCUGUCUGAAAAUACAUAGUACUCAGAGUGAGAUCUUCACUUAUUUGGGGCGGCAGGUAGCUUAGUGGUUAAGAGCGUUGUGCCAGUAACCGAAAGGUCGCUGGUUCUAAUCCCCGAGCCCACUAGGUGAAAAAUCUGUCGAUGUGCCCUCGAGCAAGGCACUUAACCCUAAUUGCUCCUGUAAGUCGCUCUGGAUAAGAGCGUCUGCUAAAUGACCAAUUAUAAUUAUUAUAAUUUAUAAAUUAUUAUAGUCAGAAGACUGCCAGCUGUGUGCUCUAAGAAGCAACCCUCAGCUACUCUCAGAACUGCUCACUGGUGCCUAGGAGGAUUUCUCCAUAGCUGUUGGUGCUAUGGUGCAUAGAUACUAUGAGAAACUCUGCAAAAUGGAUUUCUAAUUAAAAUCUGUAUUGAAGUGCACUGUAGUCUAGCAAUGUGAACACCACAUAACCAUACAGUAGCACUUAGUUGCCAUUGGUAAAGUAACUACAGCUACAAGUGAGCAAUAAUCUAGAUAUCUUUUAAAAUGCACUGUCGAUGACAAAUGUUUCUUCUAUUUAGGGAUCAGCCCAGCAUUACAUGAAAUGCUAGCAGCAGACAAGUAUAUUAUGUUUGAACAAGCAGUUACAACUAUACAAUGAUUGUCCCUGCUAAAAUUAUUUUUUCUUUAUGCCUGUCGAUAUGUUUGAUGGACUCCUUACCUGUUAUGUUAAAGUUUUUGUGCUAAUAGUGCUUUUACUGUAUCCAACAGUCUUUUUGCCAUUUGAUUUCAGUUGUUUGCCUUUUUUACCUUAUCUGCCUUUCCUCAAGUGAUAACUUCGAAAAGUAAAUAAACCUAACAUGGUGAAUACAUUUCUGAUUUCUUUACUUUGAUUCCGUCAAUUUUUUGUACGUGUUUGGGCAUGUGUGUGUGAGUGGAGGAAAUGACAAUGAAGGAGAUGUCAUUGCAUCAUCACAGAUUGUUCCUGUGGUUUGAAGAGUGCUGACAUGGCCUUAGAGAGGUCACCACAUCCUCCUGCUGUGACUGAAGAGGUUGAUCAGGCCUCCUGUCCCUCAAGCCACAGCUGCCAGGAAAAUAGUUAAACAAACACAGACAGUUGGAGCUGGAUGUGAGGCUGAUGUUAGGCUCUGACAGACAAGAGGAGGGAGGGGGAGGAUGUGGAAGUGGUGGCUGGUGGAAAGACCCCUGGAGUGGGUAUGACAGUGAUCACUCAGUGGGAGUGGUGGUGGUUGUACUUACGUCAAGAGUGCACCCUUCACUUCCAUUUUACUAUUUUCUUCCUCUAUUCUCUGUUCUUAUGUCUCCCUAAUCCUCAUCUUUCUAUCCCUCCCCCUUUAAUUUAGUCACCUCAAAUCUGAUAUUCAGCAGCUGGGGACAGUAGAACACAGGUUGUGAAAAAAUCGAGCAGAAAUGAAACAAUCCAAGAGUGUUUAUCCUCCAAGAGAAAAUCGGAGUAAUGUCAAUGAAAACUAGAAAAGUAAAUUUCCUGAAGAAAAUGUGGUAGCUUGCUAGUUGGUAUUUAUGGAUUCGAAAAGUUAAGAAAAUAUUAAUGUUGUUUUAAUGUUUGUAGCUGAAAUAGUUAAAGACCGACCGGUAGCAUUUAAAAUGUCUACCCCUGUGUUCUUAUUUUUUUCCAUUGAAUCCAUGAUGUGUAAUGCUACUUUAUGCUAAUUACCACCGUUUAUAGUUUAUACAGUUUUUAAGAAUGUGAAGUUAGGAUCGCUUGAACAUGAGAAAAUUGGUUUGGUGUCUCUAGCUUGAACGGUUCAAGAGUAACUGUUGGUGAGUUAUUUUAUGCACAUUUAUGUACAUUUAUAUAGUUAUAGUUUAUACAGAUCUUAAAGAAUUUGAAGUUAGAAUAGCCUGAACAUAGAUUUAUAUAGUGGGGAGAACAAGUAUUUGAUACACUGCCGAUUUUGCAGGUUUUCCUACUUACAAAGCAUGUAGAGGUCUGUAAUUUUUAUCAUAGGUACACUUCAACUGUGAAAGAUGGAAUCUAAAACAAAAAUCCCGAAAAUCACAUUGUAUGAUUUUUAAGUAAUUAAUUUGCAUUUUAUUGCAUGGCAUAAGUAUUUGAUCACCUACCAACCAGUAAGAAUUCCGGCUCUCUUAGUUUUUCUUUAAGAAGCCCUCCUGUUCUCCACUCAUUACCUGCAUUAACUGCACUUGUUUGAACUCGUUACCUGUAUAAAAGACAGCUGUCCACACACUCAAUCAAACAGACUCCAACCUCUCCACAAUGGCCAAGACCAGAGAGCUGUGUAAGGACAUCAGGGAUAAAAUUGUAGACCUGCACAAGGCUGGGAUGGGCUACAGGACAAUAGGCAAGCAGCUUGGUGAGAAGGCAACAACUGUUGGCGCAAUUAUUAGAAAAUGGAAGAAGUUCAAGAUGACCUCGGUCUGGGGCUCCAUGCAAGAUCUCACCUCGUGGGGCAUCAAUGAUCAUGAGGAAGGUGAGGGAUCAGCCCAGAACUACACGGCAGGACCUGGUCAAUGACCUGAAGAGAGCUGGGACCACAGUCUCAAAGAAAACCAUUAGUAACAUGCUACGCCUUCAUGGAUGUAAAAUCUGCAGCAAUGGAAGGUAGCUGAAAUACAAGUCCAGCCCGUUGAAUUUGCCAAUGAUUUCGGAGGCCAGAGUAGUUUGGGGAAGGCGUUGGUCUGUGAACCGAAAUAGAGCUUUUGGUCUAAAUCCACUCGAGCCGGUUGGAGGUGAAAAGAUCUGUCGAUGAGAUAACCCUCGAGAACAACUAACCCUAAUUGCUCUGUAAGCGCUCUGGAUAAGAGCGGUUGCUCUAAAUGACCAAUUAUAAUUAUAUUAUUAAUUUAUAAAUAUUAUAGUCAGAAGACUGCCAGCUGUGUGCUCUAAGAAGCAACCCUCAGCUACUCUCAGAACUGCUCACUGGUGCCUAGGAGGAUUUCUCCAUAGCUGUUGGUGCUAUGGUGCAUAGAUACUAUGAGAAACUCUGCAAAAUGGAUUUCUAAUUAAAAUCUGUAUUGAAGUGCACUGUAGUCUAGCAAUGUGAACACCACAUAACCAUACAGUAGCACUUAGUUGCCAUUGGUAAAGUAACUACAGCUACAAGUGAGCAAUAAUCUAGAUAUCUUUUAAAAUGCACUGUCGAUGACAAAUGUUUCUUCUAUUUAGGGAUCAGCCCAGCAUUACAUGAAAUGCUAGCAGCAGACAAGUAUAUUAUGUUGAACAAGCAGUUACAACUAUACAAUGAUUGUCCCUGCUAAAAUUAUUUUUUCUUUAUGCCUGUCGAUAUGUUUGAUGGACUCCUUACCUGUUAUGUUAAAGUUUUGUGCUAAUAGUGCUUUUACUGUAUCCAACAGUCUUUUUGCCAUUUGAUUUCAGUUGUUUGCCUUUUUUACCUUAUCUGCCUUUCCUCAAGUGAUAACUUCGAAAAGUAAAUAAACCUAACAUGUUGAAUACA